CCGCGGGUCAUUGCCAUAUGAGGACGGGAUUGUCAGAGAGCGCUUCGUUGUGUCAUCCAUCGCACAUUCGACCGACUGGCAAAAGAAACGGAACUCGGCAAAAGCCCCCCCAUCCCCGAAAGAUAUACUCUAUUCCAUAUAUCCAACGUCCUCCACAGUGAACACUCUUGGGACAUAGAGUCGGGGCUGAACGAGCAACGGAACUAUCGACGUCACGGCGUUCAACGGCGCUUACUCGGGCAACUCGCUCACUACGCAAUUUGACAUUUUGGUACUGGAGUUUGCACACGACAAAGAAGCAUUGCUUUGGGGUCGAAAUUCGCUUUCUGAGCGCACAUCCCACUCUGCUGCACGGAAGGGUUGGCCUAUUCUCUCUCGGACUUCGUGGUGAACCCACAACCACUAGCUACCAACCAUGACCUCUAUGGUGGCCUUUGCGGCCGGCAAGGUAGUCUCCGCAGUCUCCGCCGUAAACUCCUUCUACAACGAGGUCAACCCUUCAACUCUCUCGGGUGCUAUCGACGUCCUCGUCAUCAAACACGGCGACGGUGAAUUGGUCUGUUCGCCCUUUCAUGUCAGAUUUGGGAAACUCAAGCUACUCAGGCCCCACGAUAAGGCGAUUACGGUGACGAUCAAUGGGAAGCCCGCUGAUUUACUCAUGAAAUUGGGCGAGGCUGGGGAGGCGUUCUUUGUUGUGGAGACGGAGAAUCCCGUGCCAAGUGAAUAUGCCACGAGUCCAAUUCAACAUGCUGAGGAGGGUGAGGUACGUGAGUGAGCCGCCGAGCGGAGUGACCGAGCAAUAGCGAGCGCUUGAUUCGUGCAAAGGAGCCGGUGGGGGGACCUGGAGCGAAUGCGGACUGCAAUGAGCGCAGCGAGGUGCAGGGAUGCUUGAGGCAGGCGAACUAGGAGCCGAACGCCUUCCGCGAGCGAAAGUGAAGCGCCAGCGGAGCGAGCCACAUUGCGCCAAAGGCGCAAUGCUUCCCCUAACCACG